AUGAAAUUUAUUUUCUUUUUAAACAUAUUGCUCUGGGAAAUCAUUUCCAUAGAAACUUCACCUAAAGUAUAGACUCUUUACUAUUUUCCAGGCGAAAAUAAAUAUACUCCACAACCUAGAUAUCACGUUCCAUUUGAAUAACAUUUUAUAGACUCAUAAGACGUUCAAUUUAAUGUAGAAUUAAUGUAAGAGGUUAAAGUGGAGAAAUCUCAUUUAACUUUUAUUUCUGAUUAAACCUAAUUAUACUACUUUAAAAAUAUAACAAGCGAAUAGGACAACAUGAUGAUGUUGUUGGAUAACUCAAACUUGUAUUGUUUAUAUCUAAUUAAAAAUGAUUUUUUGGGUGAACAAUUAGUCAUUAUCCCUCACUUUUGUAACAUUACAUUGCCUUACCAAUCAUGCAGUAACCUAUUAUAAAUAAAGAAUUAAAUUUUGAUUAGUAAUUGCUAACUUAAUACGAACCAAGUAGCCAUAUCAAUAAUUAAUUUUGAUGGAAAAGUAUUCGAUGAAAAGCUUUUUGAAAUUGAAUCUAAUUGUAAAAUAAAAAUCUCCUAUGGGGAUUCAAUAUUAUUUAUCUACUAUUAAAAUUGUAAGUCUAAUGAUGUCUAUAAAAUGGAAAUUGAUUAACAAUCAUUUUAAUAUACAUCAUUCAAAAUGUAUUACAUUUUAUAGGACGAUGGUGAUAAAGUAGACCCUACUUUCAAUUAAAUAGAGGAAAUUAUGAUAUGCGAUAAGCAGAGAUUUACUUUUCUUUAUCGAGAUAAAAUUGUAUGUUACAGCUCUGAAUUUUGGAGUUAGGCUCGCUUCAUAAAUGAGAAUAAUUCAACAAUAUUGAAGUCAUUUUCUUUUUGCAAAGGACUAUAAUAUACUUUGUAUAUAAAUAACUAUCAUUAGUAAUUGAAAUUUGAUUAAUUUGAUUUAAAUGUUAAUUAUAGUCAAUAUAUAAAUUCUUUUUGGAUAGAAAAAAUUAUAGUUUUGCAUCACAAAGAUUAAAUAAUUGCUAUGAUAAAUAAUUAAUUACAACAGAAAAUAGACAUAAGUAUUUCUUAAUUGAUUCCAAUAAUUGAUUCUACUUAUAUCUUUGGACUGUGUAAAGGUCAGUUAAGGCUAUUUAAAAUUAAACCUCCAAAGCAUUAUCAUUCAUUUAAUGUUUCAUAGAAAAUAUUAUCUCUAAUCUUUUCAAGAUAAAAUUACUUUUAUUCAUUCACUUUAGAGUAAAUUAACAUAGAAAUACUUAAUUAAAGUGAACCAAAUAUAAUUAUUAAUAAAUAAGAUAUUGCUAUUUUUAGAAACAUGAUUGAAGAAGUCUGCUUCGAGUAAGCUUAAAUUUCGAAAAAUUUACCAAUAAAUAUAUAAGCUUUGCAAGAAGGUGGAAAAUAUUAUACAGCUAACCAGACUGAGAAAACAGAGACAUACAAGGUGAAUUUUGACUAAAACUCAAAAAUAUUGCAUUUUUAUAAAUUAAAUGAUGAAACAAACGUUUUGAUAAUGAUUCAAUCAAAAGAUAUAAUCACCUUAAUGUUUUGCAAAAAUAGUAAAGUAAAUUAAAAGUAUAGGAUAAAAGUACUCAAAGAUUAUAUUGAUGUUGGUGUGUUCUUAGGAACAAAUAUCCUGAUUUUUAAUGAAUAUUGCAUUCAAUAUUAUAAGAUAGAAGAUUCACUAUAAAUUUUACAUAAAGAGAUUCCAUAACAAAAGAGAGUAGUGUAAGUGAAUUUGUAUUAUACUCAAAUUUUUAUUUUAUAUGAUGAUUGUAGCGAAUCAAGGUUAGUCUGGGAUAUUAAAGAUACCCUUAUAUUUGAAGAUUCUAAAUAAUCAUCCUUUAAUUGUACUUUCAAGCAACCAACUAAUUUUUUUAGUUUUCAAAAUCAAAUUAUUUAUAGAUUAAUUUAGAUAUAGAAGUUCACUUAGGGAGGGAAAGUCAUUAAUAUUUUGGAAGACGUAGAGUAGAAUCUACAUAUUGUAAUUGUAGAAAUAGGAAAUAAAUUGGAACUCAAAUUAUAUCAUUAGGUUAAAAAUGAUUUCACUUUUAUGUACAAUCUUCCCACUUACAAUUUUAUAUUUGAACUAACUUCAACUUAUAAAUUACAAAAAGGUUUGUUGAUGUUAAAUGCCAAACACCAAGAUAAAACGUUUUUACUUGUAUACUAACUAAAAAAUUAAGCCUUUAAUUCUCUGAUAUAUAUUACCGAAAUUGAUUCAUCGUUCUAAUAUUUUUCAUACUAUGAUUUAGAUAGCAGAACAAUAGUUUUUUUAAAAGAUGGAAAGUUCUAAUUUAAUGUUUUAAAUUUUAUUUGUAUGAAUCUUAAUUUUACUUCAGAAGAUAGCAUCGUAUAGGUAAAAUAAUUCUCAUUAGUUGUAAAAUCUCCUAUCGAUGAUCUGACUUCCUCUGUUAACAUGAUGGUUUUUAGUUUAUAAAGCGAUUACUCGCUAAGUUUAUUGAAUUAGGAGAUUAGAAAUAUUCAUUACUAAGAACCUUUAGAUUGGGAUUCAAUCAAAGGAAAUAUUGUUAGAUUUGAAAUUUAACCAUCUUAGAAUAUUACCUUAAGGUUACCUCUGGAUAUUACUUAAGAGUACUUUUCUUGUUUAUAUUUUGAAUCUAAUGUUUGUUUAAUAGAUAAAUAUACAAUUGAAAUAAAAUCUCUAAACGUAAAAAAUCGUUUGUAGUUGUAAAUUACUGAUAGGAAUAUUACUACUUUUGCAUUUCAUUAAGAGUCUCUCACCUAUUCGAUAAUCUAUUUGAACGAAAACACCCUGGAAUAAGUUACUGUAUAGUUGAAUAACAAUAAUCCAGAGGAAUUUACACUACUAAAAAAGGAACUAGUUCAACAAUUAAACUAUUAGGUACAGAAGAUAAAAGUAAUCAAGGAUUUCUAUUUUUUAUUUAUGUAAAACUGGUAAGAUCUAAUCAUAUAUUACAACCACUGCUAAAUAUUGGGUUUGUUUAAAGAUCGCUUUAUUGAUUAUUAUCUAUUUGAUGGAGCAUAUCUAACCAAUAAUACAUAUGUAUUUUUAAGCUGGAACUUUUCUUUUAUUGAAAUGUCAAUUGUUGCAAUUAGUAAUAUUUAAUUAGGUUCAGAAUUUUAAUGCAAGUGGGAUAUUAUUUAGUAUCAUGAAAUUAAAAUUUAAAACGGUGUUGAAAAAAAAUACUCACAUUACUUUGAUAAGGAAUAAUGGUAGAUAUAGAUUAUUAAUUUAGAAACCAAGGGAGAUUUUUUAUUCAUUAAGAUUGCUUUGAUUUAUAAAUAUUACUUUACUUUAUUACAGGAGAUUUCCUUUAAUCACAUUAGUUAUGAUAAUUUAGUGGUUGAAUCAUAUCGAUUUCUAAGAUAUGAUUUCAAUUCUGUAUUUUUAGAUCUCCUUUAUGCAGAUGAUAAUUUCGUAGUGUUGACUCUUUUAUAGAACUCCAAAGAAUAUAUUCAUGUGUAUGAUAUCAAAGUGGAGACGAAAUAUAAAGAUUACUUGGAUAGUAUUUAGAGAAUAGAAUCAUUUAAUUAUAAAAAGAUAGAAAAAUAUAACGAAUCUCAUUAUGUCAUUUAUAGUAAAAAUAUAGGUGCAGUUUUCUUUAUGACUUUAAAUCCAUUUAAAAUAGAGUGUUAAGAUUAAUGUAAUGAAACUGCAAAUCUAAUACUCAUUAAUGAUGUAUCAAGCUUAAGUUUAAAAAUUUAAUUUAAAAAUUCAUAACUUUCAAAUGUUGAAUUUACGAUCAAAUCAGAAAUCCUUCUGGCUAAUCUGAUAUUUAUCUUGCUCUUUGUCGAAUUCCGAAAAAAAAGCAAAAGAAAUUUAAAUAAACCAUUAUAUGAUAGCCAUUGA